AUGUCAGAACUUGUCAAAAGUGGAUUUAUUGUCGACAAGGAUUUUAAGACCCUGGAUUUCUGUGAACAUUGUAUCAUUGGGAAGUCACACAAGCAAAGCUUUCCUAAAGCUAAACAUGUGACUAAUGGCAUUCUGGAGUAUGUUCAUUCUGACCUAUGGGGUUCUCCUUCUACACCAGACAACCUUGCUGGACCUAAGUACUUUGUUACUUUUAUUGAUGAUUUUUCAAAAAAAGUCUGGAUUUAUUUUCUGAAGACUAAGGAUGAGGUAUUUUCUAAGUUCAGGGAAUGGAAGGCUGAAGUUGAAACUAAGACAGAGAAGAAAGUCAAGUGUUUGAGAACAGACAAUGGUUUGGAGUUCUGUAAUAAACAGUUUGAUGAUUACUGCAAGAAGGCUGGGAUUAAGAGGCAUAGAACCUGCACUUACACUCCGCAGCAGAAUGGAGUUUCAGAAAGAAUGAACAGAACAAUUUUAACGUUUGGAUGCACUGCUUAUGUGCACAUAACCGAGGAGAAAACGGGACCUAGAGCCAUCAAGGGAGUGUUUGUAGGAUACCCUAUGGGCACCAAAGGUUACAGGGUUUGGAUAGAGGAGGAAGGCAGAUGCAGAACAAUCAGAAACGUUGUCUUCAACGAGGAUGAGCUAGGGCCCUCUCCUUCUGCCGAAUCCGAAGGCACAUCUGAUCAAGGUGGAGAAGAAUCAUCUUCUAGCUCUAACAGCUCAAGUGACGAAGAACAAGAUCACGAGGUUGAUAGUGAGCGUGAUCACGAGAGUGAGAGUGGUGACACUGAAACUCUAGACACCUAUGUUCUAGCACGAGAUAGGGAAAGGAGACAUAACGUGAGACCACCAUCUCGAUAUGAGGAUGGGAACUUUGUGGCUUAUGCGCUCAAUGUGAUUGAUGAUUUAGAAGUUCAGGAACCAAAAUCCUAA